AUGGGGGUCCAAGGAAUGCAUGGAUCUCUUCUAUGGUUGGUAUUUGGAGGGACUUUAGCUCUUAUAUAUGGAAAUCAAAAAUCUGUGGCUCUCAGUCUUCAAAAUAAUCACCUUCUUAAUGGAAUAAACAAAGAUGAAAUUUUGAAUUACCAAAGUGGAAGAAAUGUUCAAAAUUAUCCAACAAGUUGCAAUGAAAUAAAGAGCAGUCAAAAUGGCCUAUAUGUGGUGGAACCAGUAGCAGGAAAGCAGCUAGUUGUACAGUGUGAGCUAAAAUCAUAUGAUGGGAGAUGGACAGUAAUACAGAAAAACAACCAAAAGAACCCAAGGCUAUGGGAAGCUUACUGGGAAAGCUACAAAAAGGGAUUUGGAGACCCAAGAGAAGACUUUUGGUUGGGCAAUGAGAAUAUUCAUUUGUUGACAAAGCAGCAGUUGCACCGUAUCCAGUUCAGAUUGCGCACAUCAGCAGGAAUAGUCUACACAGCCAACUAUGACACUUUUUGGCUUGAAGCAGAAAGCAAUUGUUACCGUAUUCGGCUUGGCCAGUACUCAGGAAAUGCUGGGGAUGCUAUGACUUCAGGGGAACCCAAUGCAGGGCAUGACAACAUGAGAUUUUCAACCAGUGAUCGGGACAAUGAUUUAUCAGGGACAAAUUGUGCCUACCUUGGAGGGGGUGGUUGGUGGUAUGACAAUUGCAGAUUUGCUAAUCUUAAUACAGGUAAAGGUAUUUACUGGCACCAGUUGUGUCGUGGAGAUUGCCAGUCAAGUGAAAUUCUUAUUCAGCCUGUACACAUAUGUGCUGAAUAUGGAGCAAUGCUUGGCAGUGGAUAUGUGAGAGAUGGAGGGGAUGAUGGAGUAGGUGAUGGUGAUGUUGCAGUAUUUAGGGUAAAAAGAGGUAGUGGUAAAAAAGAUAAGAAAGGGGGAAACAGUAAAGGGAAAGAUAGCCAUGGAAAAGAUAGCCAUGGGAAAGAUAGCCAUGGAAAAGGUAGCCAUGGUAAAGAUAGCCAUGGGAAAGGUAGCCAUGGAAAAGGUAGUCAUGGGAGUGAUAGUGAUGGUGGAAGCAGCGAUGGAGGAGGUAGCCAUGGGGGAGGUAGCCAUAGUGGAGGCAGUCAUGGAGGAGGUAGUGAUUCAAGAGAUAGUGAUGGAAGUAAUAGUGAUAUCAGCCAUGAAGGAGAUAGUGACGAGGGAAAUGGAGGAGGUGGUGAUGGGGGAAAUGGGGGAGGUGGUGAUGGGGGAGGUGGUGAUGGCGAGAACGGAGGAGGUGGCGAUGAAGGAGGUGGUAAUGGGGGAGAUGGAGGAGGUGGUGAUGGGGGAGGUGGAGGGGGUGGUAAUGGUGGAGGUGGUGAUGGAGGAGGUGGUGAUGGGGGAGGUGGAGGGGGUGGUAAUGGUGGAGGUGGUGAUGGAGGAGGUGGUGAUGGGGGAGGUGGAGGGGGUGGUAAUGGUGGAGGUGGUGAUGGAGGAGGUGGUGAUGGGGGAGGUGGAGGGGGUGGUAAUGGUGGAGGUGGUGAUGGAGGAGGUGGUGAUGGGGGAGGUGAAGGGGGUGGUAAUGGUGGAGGUGGAGGUGGUGAUGGAGGAGGUGGCAAUGGGGGAGGUGGAGGAAGUGGUGGGGGAGGAGGGAAUGUUGAUCCAACACCUAAUCCUUGUGGAUGA